AGAUGGUUAUCUGUUAUUUUAUGUGGUGGAGGACAAAUUCAAUGGAAAUAUAACGACGCCCUUGGAAAACAAAAUAAUAAUAAAAUGAUAGGCAGGUAACAUAAUUUCGUUGAUUCAUCAAAAGAAUUUGAUUAAAUGGGCGGUUUGGGUUCGAUAAAUCGUGUAUACGUGGGCGUGUGUCUUCCAUCAUGCCCAGGACAAGCGAAACUUUUAAUGGCGAGAAUCCAAUGCUCCACCAAAGUUGGAGUGAGUAACUACAGGCAACAAUUACUGGAAAGUGUAGACAAAGAGCUAACAAAAGGAGAUGAUAGAGCUGCUCUCUCACUUGUCAAGGAUUUACAAGGCAAGCCUGACGGGCUUUGCUGUUUCGGCGCAGCCAGACAGGUUCCCCAAAGGCUUUACACCUUGGAUGAAUUGAAACUAAAUGGAAUAGAAACUUCGUCUCUUUUAUCACCAGUAGAUGCAACUCUUGGUUUCAUUGAGAGAAACCUGCUGAUUUCUGCUAUUGUUGGAGGGUUUGCUGCUUGGAAUGUCUUUGGAAUUUCCACACAACAAAUCUUUUAUAUAUCAUUGGGCUUGCUGUUUCUAUGGACUUUCGACUUGGUCUCUUUUGGCGGAGGUCUUGGUAGCUUGGUUGUUGAUACGAUUGGUCACAGCUUAAGUCAGAAAUACCAUAAUAGGGUUAUUCAACACGAAGCUGGCCAUUUUUUAAUUGCUUAUCUGGUUGGAAUACUGCCUAAAGGAUAUACAGUUUCUAGUUUGGAUGCUUUGAUGAAGGAGGGUUCUCUCAAUAUUCAAGCAGGCACCGCCUUUGUGGAUUUCGAGUUUGUCGAAGAAGUUAAUGCAGGGAAAGUAUCAGCUACAACAUUGAACAAAUUUUCAUGUAUAGCCUUGGCUGGGGUAUGCACUGAAUAUCUUAUAUAUGGAUUUUCUGAAGGAGGUCUUGAUGACAUAAGAAAGACUCUUUGCUGAAUGGGUUGGGCUUCACACAGAAGAAGGCGGAUUCUCAAGUUAGAUGGUCUGUGCUAAACACGAUCCUACUUUUACGUCGGCAUGAAACUGCUCGAGCUAAGCUUGCUGAGGCCAUGUCUAAAGGAAGCUCAAUAGGAUCCUGCAUUGAUAUUAUAGAGAAUUCUAUCGAUGCUUCAGAUCUGUAACCGAAGCUGGAUCGCCUUGAUGGUUCGCUUCACCCUUCUAGAAUGUGCUCCUUCCUCCUGGUAUAUCGGUUCGAAUUUAGAAAAACUUUCAUUUAGUGUUACCCUGCUCAAAUCUUCUGCAAGUAGAAUGUGAAUGGCUUUUGUUACAGACUUACAGUGGAUAUCAGUGAAUCAGUGCAGUUCUUGAGUCUACCGGUGAGCGGUUUCGGAGACUUUGUGAAGGAUUUUAUGGAGUGAAAAAAGUACAAGUGAUGUUACCAUGCUAAGUAGGUUUAAUUUUCAAGGAUAAGUAAACUUGUGUAUAUAGUUGAGGUAUGCUUAAAUAAUUACUCAUCGUUAUCGUCGAAUACAUUUAAAUUCACGUAUAGUUAGUUAUGCGUCAGAAAGAGCUUCAUUGAGUUGAUAAGUUAGCUUUCCUUUAUUUUUCAAAUAACGGUUCUAUCUACACUUUGCCUGAAAAUAAUUCUGUACAUUAAAAACAUCAUUGGUAGACACUGUUGAAUUCUUAUCACAAGGGAUGAUUGGUGGUAUUGGACAGACUUCUCUCUUGCAUGCUGAAUGAAGUUCAAACACUAAGAAUGAAAUAUUUCUUCUA